GAGCCGGAGCCGCCGCCGGUCAUGUCCGCCCCUGCCGGCGCCCCGCACCCCCACGCCACCUCCAGCGCCAGGAUCCCGCCCCGGCUCGGAGCGGCGGCCGCCCCCGCCGGCCCGAGCCCGGCCCCGCACUACCAGAACGGUCCAGCACAGAAUCAGAUGCAGUUUCCACCUGGAUAUGGAUUACAUCCUCAAGGCUAUGUUGUUCCCUCAGGACUCUACUCCCAAGGACCUGGGAAAAGUACCCCUCUGCCAUUGGAAAACCAGUAUGGUACUGAUUAUUAUUCUGGCCACUACACAGUACCAACACAAAAUGUGACUCUUGCUACAGGUCCUAGCACAAUGAACAUGCAGCUAGGAUCACAGCAGGUAUAUGGCAGGGGUCCUCCUGCUCCUCAUACUGUAGGGUCCACUCCUGGAUCAUUCCCAGGUGGUAUUGCAUCUUCAGCAUCCCAUUUACACACAAAUAGACCCCAGCCAUACUCCUCCUUUGGUAAUCACUACAACAGCCCAGUCAUUCCCUCUGCCAGUUCUUCCAUUGCUUCUCAGGGAUUUCCCCUUACUUCUGGCCAUUAUGCUAUGUCUACUGCUUCGGGUGCUGUGUACCCUAGUGUUUCAUAUCCUUCGGUGCCUGCUGGUGAUCCAUAUGGGCAAGUGUUUACUUCACAGAGUACUUCAGUCAUCACACAGUUUAAAGAUAAUUCAUUUCCCGGUCAAAACACAGCCGUCACCCAUCCGCAACAGCAGCGGCAGAGUCCUGUGGGAUAUAGUACUUCAUCAUGGGCAACUCCAAGCCUUCAGUCAACCCAAGACAACCUUACCCAAAAUCACAUUGGAUCCCUGGCUACAGCAGGCAGCACGCCCAAUGCAGUUGCAGAUUCUUCAUCUUGUUCUGGAAAGCAAAACAUUCACCUUCUCAAGACCAGCACAGCACCACCCACUGUAUCAUCAGGGAGUGUUUCAGCAAGGACACAACCUACUGCAGACCAGGCAACUGAAGCUGUGGCCUCAGGGACACAGCCUCCAGAACUCUUACUACAGGAAGGCAUGCAGUAUGGUGGAUAUGUUAAUAAUCAAGCUAGCUCUGCACCAACUCCCUCGUCAUCAACUUCAGAUGAUGAGGAAGAGGAGGAGGAGGAUGAGGAAGCAGCCAUUGACAGCUCCUCUACAACCAGCAGUGCUUCUCCUGUGCCCAACAGCUUUGAUGUCCUAGAAGGUGGAAGCUACCCAGGUGACACAGUGGAUACCCUUUCUUCAUCGACCAGCAGUCCAGCUCCUGCUCUCUCUGUUCCUCAGGCAACCAAACCUGCUAAGCCCUUUGGCUAUGGGUAUCCAUCUCUUCAGCCUGGUUAUCAGAAUGUAGGGCUGAGCUCUGGAGCACAGCCUAGUAACCCAGCAUAUUCUGGAUUCCAGCAGUACGCCCAGUAUCCUGGUAUGAAUCAAUUGUCAUCUAGUCUAAGCGGAUUAAGUCUCCAACAUUCUUCUCAACAACCAGAAAGUCUGAGACCAGUGAACCUCACUCAAGAUAGGAAUAUUCUGCCUGUGACUCCUGUUCUGGCUCCUGUGCCUAACUUGAAUUCAGACCUGAAAAAAUUAAAUUGUAAUCCUGAUUCAUUUCGAUGUACUCUGACAAAUAUUCCACAGACUCAGGCUUUAUUGAAUAAAGCUAAGCUUCCUUUAGGGUUGUUGUUGCAUCCCUUCAGAGAUCUCACGAGAUGCAAGUCCUUCGAAGACAGACUUUUUCCAGCACUUAAUAGAAGACCGGACAGAGGCUGCAUUCUCUUACUAUGAAUUUUUGCUUCAUGUUCAGCAGCAGAUUUGUAAAUGAAAUGGAACCAAAGAAGAAGAAAAACAUCCAUGACUUUUGAGACAAGCAUAAGCUGUCAGAGAAGCACACGGGAAAUUUGGAAAGAAAGCAUUUACAAUGCAGCCCACCCUUUCUGAAGCUUUGACAGUUACAGGGGAAGAAUUAUCUUCUAGAAGAAGGAUUUAUUUCAACCUAAAUUAAAAGAUAGUAACGAUGAUGCUAUUUCACUAACUACAUUUUAAAUUGGUUUAUACACAUUUCCAAUAGUGCAGCAGUACGGUCCUAUUAAUUGCAAGCUGGCAAAUUUAUGUAGCUAUGUGGAAUGAUAUUUCAUAAUGUAAAAUUAGAUAAAUCCUUUUUCUUACAUUUAAUAGAAUAUUUCCGAACUUAAACUCUGACGAGAGAUGCCAAAGGGCAAUGGUACCAGGUUAUUUGUUUAUAUGAAUUACUUUUUAACAAGGAAUGAUUCGUAUUCAUUAAAUGGAUUCACCAUUUUCCCAGUGAAGACUAUAGAAUUUCAAUACAUGAACUGUAGAAAUAAAAUAUAUAAUGUACAUAAAUGUUACAUUUGUAAAGAAAUGUAAAAAUGUAACUACAGAAUAUGAAUUGCUUAAAAUGUGCUACAUUGUUGGAUGUUUGAUGACAGAUCUUUUUGUCCCAGUUAGAGAAUGAGGUUGACUAAUACAUAUUAAGAAUGGAGUCCACAUAAGAAACACUCUUUGUAAUUCUGUUAAAUCUUUUAUGUGGAAUUAUUUAUGAUCACCUUACUAAUUAAAGAUAUUUUGCUUGAU